AUGGCCAGAACUUUCUUUGUCGGUGGUAACUUCAAGUUGAACGGUACCAAGAAGUCUAUCAAGGAAAUUGUUGACAGAUUGAACACUGCUUCUCUACCAGAAAACGUCGAAGUCGUUAUCUGCCCACCAGCUACCUACUUGGACUACACCGUCUCUUUGGUCUCCAAGAAGCAAGUUACUGUCGGUGGUCAAAACACCUACACCAAGGCUUCCGGUGCUUACACUGGUGAAAACUCCGUCGACCAAUUGAAGGACGUCGGUGCCAAGUGGGUUAUCUUGGGUCACUCCGAAAGAAGAACUUACUUCCACGAAGAUGACAAGAUCGUCGCUGAAAAGACCAAGUUCGCUUUGGACCAAGGUCUAGGUGUUAUCUUGUGUAUCGGUGAAACUUUGGAAGAAAAGAAGGCCGGUGUCACUUUGAAGGUUGUCGAAAGACAAUUGGACGCUGUCAUCGCUGAAGUCAAGGACUGGACUAACGUCGUUAUCGCUUACGAACCAGUCUGGGCUAUCGGUACCGGUUUGGCUGCUACUGCUGAAGAUGCUCAAGACAUCCACCACUCUAUCAGAUCUUACUUGGCUGAAAAGCUAGGUAAGGACACCGCUGAAAAGACCAGAAUCUUGUACGGUGGUUCUGCUAACGGUGCUAACGCUGGUACUUUCAAGGACAAGGCUGACGUCGACGGUUUCUUGGUCGGUGGUGCUUCUUUGAAGCCAGAAUUCGUUGACAUCAUCAACUCCAGAAACUAA